GGGAACACCGCAGUCGCUACCCAAACACUGGAGUGUCAGCGGAAGUCUCCUUUCCAGGCGCUGGACCAAAUCUUUUACCUUCGCACCUAGAAGAUGUGUGUGGCUCUUGGGAUGCUGCAAACACAAAGAAUGUUGUGCAUCUUGGUGGUUCAUGCCGCCAUCUGUCUCCAGGGCAUCCUGCUCCAUCAGCCUGGGACAGUGGAACAAAGGAAGCCAUUCUUUGAGAGGUUUAGACGACUGGAAGAGCAGUUCCGGCGGUUCCAGGGGGUCACUCUGCUGCGCCUUCAGGAGAUUGCAGGGAAUUACAACGCUUCUGAUGGCAUCAACACCAAGUUUGAGCAGCUGCUGAACCAACACCAGAGCCUGGAGUCUGCUGCCAAUGAGACUCACACAGCCACGCAGGAGGAGCUAAGAGACUUGAAAGCUUGGGUGAAGAAGCUGCAGAACAAGACCAAGAAGCAAGACUCGAAGAUUGCGGCCCUGGAGGAAUCCUUGCGUGAGAGGGACUGGCAGAGUGCAGCAGAGAGUGCGCUCCUGUCCAAUAUGACCCAAGAAGUUGAGAGCCACAGACAGGCCACCCAAGCCGUGCGCAUCGGCCAAGGCGGCCUACAGAAAGCCCUGGAGAGCCUCCAGGAUGCCCUGAAAAGCCAGGGAAGCAAGCUGGAUGAACUGGAGCGACAGCUGAAGAGCCCUGUGGACAAUGAGGUCCUUCGGCCCGGGCGUCUGGCUGCGGCUCACCUGCUGAACCGGGUUCCCCAGAAGAAGGAACCAGAGGCAGCCGGCGGACAGAAUCCUACCCUGAAGAAGCUCCGUGCCAAGCACCAGCAAAGAAAGAAACUGUUGCAAGAGAGCACCCGCCUUGUAGCCCAGUCUCAGAGUAGGGGGCUGCAGAGUGGGACCCUUCUGGGCCAGGAAGCUUCCCUGCAUCAGGAGCCAGAAGCUGAUCUGCCCUCUCGGCCACAACCCCAGGCACUCAGACAACAGCAUCCGGUCAUGGACAAGGCCUCUGAAGAGCGGGAGCGGCUAGAAACGCCUCGUAAAGCAGGGGCAAUCUGCAAUGUGGACUCCAUGCUAGUUUUUCCAAACGCUUCCACAGAGAACUUUGCAACGUUCACGCCAGGUUUCCAAGCUGGCCUCCUUGAACUGAGCCUCUGCAGCUGGGUGAGCACCAGUGCCAGCUACCUGGGCACAAUCCUGUCUUAUGCCACCGAAGAGAAUGACAACAAGCUGGUACUCCAUGGCAGGGAUGUUGCGCCCCGGAACUCCAUCCACUUUGUCAUCGGUGACCCUGCUUUUCGGGAGCUGCCGGUGGGGCAGAUUCUGGAUGGGAAGUGGCACCAUAUUUGUGUCAUCUGGUCUUCCAUCCAGGGGCGAUACUGGUUCUAUGUGGACAGGAGGCUGGCUUCCAUGGGCUCCAAGUUCCAGAAAGGCUAUGAGAUUCCCCCCAAAGGAUCUCUCUUUCUGGGUCAGGAGCAAGACACAAUUGGUGGGGGGUUUGAACCUUCUGAAUCUUUUGUGGGCUACCUUGCCGGCUUUGCCAUGUGGGAUCGUGCAUUGUCACCCGGGGAGGUUUCGGGCAUCGCUGUCGGAAAAGGCUUGCCCCGCGGCACAAUCCUCACCCUGGCAAAUGUCUCUGCCCUCAAUGGAGCUGUGCAGAAGGUGAACUGUACUUGCCUUGAACACUGUCUGUAAUUAUCCCCAUCAAAUGCCCACAUGAGACAAUCUGUAAUUCAAACAGCAAGCAUAAGUUUGGGGGAGGGAAGUGGGGGUGGCGGCUUUCCUCCUGUAAUAUAAUGUAGUAAAAAUCUUAUUGAAGGACGCUGUGCGUUCCCCAAAGACAAGAUGACCUUUACAAAUGCCUCUCCCGGCUACAAGUUCAGAAGCCCGUGCGAGACAGAGAAAAGACCGCUCAGCAAACAGGCAGAAUGCGUGAGAGCUGAAUGGCAACUCGUCCAUUCAGAACAGCAGAAUACGGCUAAUGCCACAGCAUUUAUCUGAGUGCUUGAUCCCUUCCCUGCUGUUUAGCUGUCCCAUACAUGCUCUUCUCCACCUGCAGUUUCAUCUCCUCGGCCUCUUUGGUCGAGUCCAGUCCCUUCCAGUCGACCUUCUAGUGCAUUCAGUUUGAGAAAACAUCAGGUAUCCAUCUAGAAAGCUAAUUUGAUCUGGCAGUGGAUAUUUUCUGAGCAAGCAGGUUCAACAUUAUGUUUUUGAUCAUUCAUUUGGAUUUGUUUGCAUGGAGGUUAUAUGAUGGUUGCGUCAAGCAGCUGUUAUCCCAGACUUUCAGUUGCAUUAUCCCAUCACUUUUUUCCUUCCUGCAAAACAGCCGGAUAUUCUCUUUAAAAAUGGAUUUGUUGCAUAUGAGCGCCAAAUCCAUUUUAAUUGCCCGCAUGUGAUUGAAUCCCAGCAGAAAAUAGCAAUUGCAGUCUUCUGGACUUCCUCUCUGAAGACAGACCCUCCAUUCCUCUCCAUCAGCCUCCUGUAGCUUUGAUCUCAUUCUGGAUUGAUUGUGAUGUGGGGCAGAGCAGCUGGGCAGAACCAAACUGACCUGUUGCGAAUGAAGCUUAGGCAGCGCUUGCCCAGUUUGGGGUCCAUGCAGCUGAUGUAUUUUUGCACGGUCACUGAACCAGCAAGAACAACACGCUUGUAAAAGCACUGCUGUAGAGUUGGGGAAAGCAGGAGAAGCUGAGGCACAGCAAAUGUGACGGCGCUGUUGUGCAGCUCGUUUGUUUCAAUGGGGUUUGCGCAGGAGGAAAUCCUAGUACCUGGUGUGCCAUCUUAUCAGCGAGAUGAGGAGUGGCGUUGGGAUCCCCCACUCCAGGCUAGGGAUAGGAAGGAGUUUGAUUUUGUUUGCAUUUUAAUGAGAAACUACCUAAUUCACACUUCUUGAACCAGUAAACGAACUGAAACACAGCUGUCCUUUGAAAUGCGCACCACUCUGAAUUUUGCAAUGCAGUUUUCCAGACAAUGUGUACAAUAAUAGGGGAAAGCGUACAUAAAAAUCUGUACAUUAGGGGCAAUAAUGUACAACAAUGCAUUAGAUAAGGAAAAAAUGCUUGCAGAGAUGUGUAUCGUUAUCAAAGCUGCAUGCAAAAAUAUUUAAUAUGGUGAAAUUAGCAGUAAAAUGCUCAUUAGUCUUCAUGAGGAUUUACAAACAAAGCGCUGCAAAUUGCUGCUGAAAUGUGCAGAGCAGAGGGAAAUUGAAACUGACAGAUUUAUCCAUCCUUGCUUCAGUCCUCACUAGGGAUGGCAUCUGCAUUUCGGUGCCGGUUCCAUUUUUGCUCCGUUGAACUUCCUUCCAGUACUGCUUCGUCAGGGAAAAAUGUUCGCUAUUUGCUAAAAAUACCGAUCCAUUUUUAUCAAUAUGUUAAUUUUUAAAAUUUAUCGAUGAUUUUUCAUAGAUUUUUUUAAAAUAUAGAUUUUAAACAUCAAUAUUUAUAUAUUGAGGGGGAUAUCAAUAUUAAUAUCGCUAUUUUGAGGAAAAUAUUGAUAUCAAUACUGAUAUUUUUCAGGUGAAUUUUUUUUUUAGAAAAAUCAGUUUCAACCACAGAAAACUGCUCGGGAAAAAACUUGAUCCACGAGGACAAAAAAGGGCAACUAGGAAAUCUGGUAUCAAAUUAGAAUUUUGCGAAACUCAAGCACAUCCCCAGUCCUCACCAAUAUUUGAGGCCUGAUCUUACUGAAGGACUCACAAUAUUUCUCUUCUGCUACCACAAUCUAGUGGUGCUGGCACUUUCUUGUCCCCAUGUGGAAACACCUUUGGCAGCCAUGCCACCAGUGGGCUCACAGUUUCAUGUGGGUGGAGAGAGAACAUACCCUUCCAGGGCCCCUCUUUUCCUCUGAAACUUCCAAUUAAUGACUCAGAAAGGCUGUAUAUUAGGGGUCAAGCUAUAUGUGAUGUGCAGUUCAGGGAUUUUCCUUCCUGAUACUGGCUGCGUACACACCACACAUUUAAAGGGCAUUUAAAGCACAUGACUUCCCCCCAAAGAAUCCUGGGAACUCUAGUAUGUUAAGGGUACUAGGAAUUGUAGCUUUAUGAAGGGCGAAAGUACAGUUCCCAGGAUUCUUUGGCGGAAGCAAUGUGCUUGGAUGCGGAUGCAGCUAUUUUUUUAAUUAAAAGCAAUUGUGGGAGGUCUUUUCCAUCAUGGGCCAGAAAAGCAGCUGGAUUGGCACUGUCUGGAGCGGUGGGCGAUAAGUGGGGCUCUGAAAGAGUGAAGCAAGCUCUCCAGCCACUGUUUCUCCACUCCCGAUUUCAGCUGCCCAUUGGCUGCUUUUCAUUUUUUUAAAAAUGGCAGGCGAUUCAGGGAACUGCCCAUCACAUGUAAUUUGCCUCUGUAACAGCAUCACCCCCAGCACCACAGCUUUUUAAGAUAUAUAUUCUUGCUUUUUACUUCAAACCCCCCCCCCUGUAUUGGGGAUGACUCCCAAACAGAAACACCAGCUGCAAAGUUAAUGGAAAGGCCUCCAUUUUCAUGGGAAAGUUAUUACUUCGUAAGAAGCACUGCAAGGGCAAUCUUGGAAGAAAUGUAAGAAUCAGUUACCUCCAGCCCAAGAGUUUUAAUCAUGUCCCCUCUUAUUUUCUUCUAGAACAGGUGUGGGGAACUUGCGGUCCUCUAGUGGAUGAACUACAACUCCCAUCAGCCCCAGCAAACAUGGCCAAUGGCCAGGGAUUAUGGGAGUUGUGGUUCAGCAACAUCUGGAGGGCCAAAGGUUCCCCAUACCUGUUCUAGCAAGUUUUUUACCCAUGUUACAUUUCUCAGUCCAAUUCCAACUCCUCUGCUCUGUGUCUCUGCAGCCCCAAACCAUGUUUAAUUUUGCUGUAGUGUAUAAACUGAAAUACAUAUUGGAGAGAUCCACCAUAUUCACCUAUUAUUGUUGUUUUGGCUUUAGUCUAUCUGUUUACAGCUGUGUACACACUACCUGUCUAUAGCGCAAGAAUGUCCUUUUCUCCAUCUGGAAUUGUUCAUGCUUGUCCUCAGCUUUCAGUCUAGAUAGAUUCUAGAUCCUGCCGUCUACAAGGGUGGGUGUGGAUGAUACAUGAUAGAAAACCCUCCCUUUGAUUAGAGUAUUCAUGCCUUUUCCUCCCUGAGCUUGCCCCAGGCCAGGGGUUUCCAAACUGUGGUUCAUGGACCACCAGUAUCCACAAGCUUCAUUCAGGUGGUCUGUGGCAUGUUCGUAUUAAAUAUUCAUAUUGAUUUUAAGUGUAUUUCUGUUGCUUCUAUUUUAUUUUAUUGCAUUACAAU